ACGCCCAGCCAGGGAGUCUCCAGAGGUGAGGCUGUUGUUUAAAACUUCGGAGCCAAGAGAGGAGACCCCUACAUUUGAGGGGAGCUCUUAGAGAGGCGAUCUGGAGAGGGAACCGUAGCAGCAAUCCCGGGGAGAGGUGAAGUUCUCUCUGAGGAUCACCCCACUGGCUGAUGAUGAGGCUGUUCCUUUUCCUGUGUUUCGCCUUACCUGGCUUCCUGCAUGCCCAACAAGCCUGCUCCCGUGGGGCCUGCUAUCCACCUGUUGGCGACUUGCUCAUUGGAAGAACCCGAUUUCUCCGAGCUUCAUCCACCUGUGGAUUGACCAAGCCUGAGACCUACUGCACACAGUAUGGAGAGUGGCAAAUGAAAUGCUGCAAGUGCGACUCCAGGCAGCCUCACAACUACAACAGUCACCGGGUGGAGAAUGUGGUUUCAUCCUCAGGACCCACACGCUGGUGGCAGUCCCAGAACGAUGUGAGCCCUGUCUCUCUGCAGCUGGACUUGGACAGGAGAUUGCAGCUUCAUGGCAUCACAAUGGAUUUUAAGGGCCCCUUGCCAGCCGGCAUGCUGAUCGAGCGCUCCUCAGACUUUGGCAAGACCUGGAAGGUGUACCAGUAUCUGGCUGCAGACUGCACCUCUGCCUUCCCCCGAGUCCACCAGGGCCAGCCCCAGAGUUGGCAGGAUGCCCGGUGCCAGCCCCUGCCCCAGAGACCUAAUGGACGCCUAAAUGGGGGGAAGGUUCAACUUAACCUUAUGGAUUUAGCAUCUGGGAUUCCAGCAACUCAAAGUCAAAAAAUUCAAGAGUUGGGGGACAUCACAAACUUGAGAGUGAACUUCACCAGGCUGGCCCCAGUGCCCCAGAGGGGCUACCUUCCCCCCAGCGCCUAUUUUGCAGUGUCCCAGCUGCGUCUGCAGGGGAGCUGCUUCUGUCAUGGCCAUGCCGACCACUGUGCACCCAAGUCUGGAGCCUCUGCAGGCCCCUCCUCUGCUGUGCAGGUCCAUGAUGUCUGCGUCUGCCAGCACAACACUGCUGGCCCCAACUGUGAACGCUGUGCACCCUUCUAUAACAACCGGCCCUGGAGACCCGCGGAGAGCCAGGACCCCCACGAAUGUCAGAGAUGUGAUUGCAAUGGGCAUUCGGAGACAUGUCACUUCGACCCAGCUGUAUUUGCUGCCAGCCAAGGGGCUCAGGGAGGUGUUUGUGACAAUUGCCGGGACCACACUGAGGGCAAGAACUGUGAGCGGUGUCAACUGCACUAUUUCCGGAACCGGCGACCGGGUGCUCCUAUUCAGGAGACCUGUAUCCCUUGCGAGUGUGAUCCGGAUGGGGCAGUGCCAGGGGCUCCCUGUGACCCAGUAACCGGGCAAUGUGUUUGCAAAGAACAUGUGCAGGGAGAGCGCUGUGACCUUUGCAAGCCAGGCUUCACGGGACUCACAUACACCAACCCACAGGGCUGCCACCGUUGUGACUGCAACAUCCUGGGGUCCCGGCGCGACAUGCCCUGUGACGAGGAGAGUGGGCGCUGCCUGUGUCUGCCCAACGUGGUGGGUCCCAAAUGUGACCAGUGCGCUCCUUAUCACUGGAAGUUGGCCAGCGGCCGGGGCUGCGAGCCAUGUGCCUGUGACCCGCACAACUCCCUCAGCCCCCAGUGCAACCAGUUCACAGGGCAGUGCCCAUGUAGGGAAGGGUUUAGUGACCUGCAGUGCAGUGCCGCUGCAGCCAUCCGCCAGUGUCCAGACCGAACCCAUGGAGACGUGGCCACGGGAUGCCGAGCCUGUGACUGUGACUUCCGAGGAACAGAGAGUCUGGGCUGUGACAAGGUCUCGGGCCGCUGUCUCUGCCGUCCCGGUUUGACUGGGCGCCGUUGUGACCAGUGCCAGCGAGGUUACUGUGACCGCUACCCAGUGUGCGUGGCCUGCCACCCUUGCUUCCAGAACUACGACUCGGACCUCAAGGAACAGGCUCGGCGCCUCCACAGUCUCCGCAAUGCCACCGCUGGCCUGCGGUCAGGGCCAGGCCUGGAGGACCGCGGCCUGGCCUCCCGGGUGCGGGAUGCCAAGGCCAAGAUUGAACAGAUCCAAAGAAUUUUUGGCAGUGCCUUGGUCACAGAGCAGGAUGUGGCCCAGGUGGCCAAUGCCAUCUUCUCCAUCAGGCGGACUCUUCAGGACCUGCAGUUGGAUCUUCCCCUGCAGGAGGAGGUGUUGUCCCUCCCAGGAGACUUGGACAGUCUGGACAGAAGCUUCAAUCACCUCCUUGUUAUGUAUCAGAAUAAGAAGCAACAGUUUGAAAAACUAAGCAGUGUUGAUCUUUCAGGAGCCUUCCGGAUGCUGGCCGCAGCCUAUGAGCGGUCAUCGCAAGCCGCUCGGCAGGUCUCCGACAGCUCCCGCUUGCUGCACCAGCUCAGGGAGGACCGCAGACAGGCAGAGGGACUGGACAGGCUGGUGGGAGGAGGAGAAGGUGCUGGUGACCCCCAGCUGGCAGCCCUGCAGCUGGAGAUGGCAUCCUUGCCUGACCUGACAGCCACCAUCGACAAGCUCUGUGGCGGCUCCAGGCAGACAGCCUGCACCCCGGGAGCGUGUCCUGGUGAACUCUGUCCCCAGGAUAAUGGCACAACCUGUGGCUCCCACUGCAGGGGUGCCCGCCCCAAGGCUGGAGGGGCCUUCCGGAUGGCGGGGCAGGUGGCUGAGCAGCUCCGGGGUUUCAACCACCAGCUCCAGCAGACCAGGCAGAUGAUUAAGGCAGCUGAGGAAGCUGCUUUGCAGGUCCAAUCAGAUGCGCAGCGCCUAAAGACCCAGGUGAGCACCAGUCACUCCCAGAUGGAGGAAGACAUUGGACGCACACGGUUCCUCAUCCAGCAGGUCCGGGACUUCCUCACGGACCCUGAUAUGGAUGCAGCCACCAUCCAGGAGGUCAGUGAGGCCGUGCUGGCCCUGUGGCUGCCCACAGACUCGGCUACUGUCCUGCGGAAGAUGAAUGAGAUCCAGGCCAUCGCAGCCAGACUCCCCAACGUGGACCUGGUGCUGUCUCAGACCAAGCAGGAUAUCACGAGGGCCCGCAGGCUCCAGACGGAGGCUGAGCAGGCCAGGAGCCGAGCUCACGCAGUGGAAGGCCAGGUAGAGGAUGUGGUUGGGAACCUGCGGCAGGGCACAGUGGCAUUGCAGGAGGCCCAAGACACCAUGCAAGGCACCAGCCGCUCCCUUAAGCUCAUCCAGGACAGGGUUGCUGAGGUUCAGCAGGUCCUGGGGCCAGCAGAAAGGCUGGUGAUGAGCAUGAGGGAUCAGCUGGGUGACUUCCAAGCACGGAUGGAGGAGCUUCGCCGCCAGGCCCGGCAGCAGAGGGCACAGGCAGCCCAGGCCCAGCAGCUUGCAGAGGGUGCCAACAUGCAGGCACUGAGUGCCCAGGAGGAUUUUGAGAGAAUAAAGCAAAAGUAUGCUGGGUUGAAGGACCGCCUGAAUUGGAGUCCCAUGCUGGGUGAGCAGGGCAGCCGGAUUCUGACUGUCAAGACGGAGGCAGAGGAACUGUUUGGGGAGACCAUAGAGAUGAUGGACAGGAUGAAAGACAUGGAAUCGGAGCUGCUGCGGGGGAGCCAGACCAUCAUGCUGCGCUCAGCGGACCUGACAGGGCUGGAGAAACGCGUGGAGCAGAUCCGUGACUACAUCAAUGGGCGUGUACUCUAUUAUGCCACCUGCAAAUGAUCUCCAGCUCCCUUUGGUUUUGGGGGACAGAUUGGGUGGAAUGUUUUCUACUCUGGGAGACUUGGAUGCCGCUGAAGGCACAUCUAGGCCACCCAGGUGUGCAGCAGGAUGAGCCUGAGCCGAUGGGUCCACUACAUUUGUGGACAGAGAUGGUGGAGGUGGGUAUGUCAUCAUGCCUGGAAACUCAAGUGGAGGGAGCCAAGUUGGGCAAUUUCUCUGCCCUUUGUCCUCUGUCGUGACUGAAUCCUGGACCAACACAACACAAAAAAACUUAAAAAAAAAAAAAAAAAAAAAAAAAAAAAAAGAUGUGCAAAUUAAAAACCUAAUAAAAAUCUUUGGAAAGGAGCCUAGAAGCUCAGAGAGGGAAAAUGGUCUGUCUUCCCAUUAAAUAAACUUUUGUCACUUA